AUGCCCUUGUACCUGGUGCAAGCAAAUGGUAUAUGCGCCGGUUACUCCCUUCUCUCGGCGGUGGUAGCGGCGGUGCCUCGCCCCUCAUCCAUGCCCCGUGCCUGGACCUUAUUCCUGCUCGACCAGAUUCUAACGUGCGCAAUACUGGCGGCGGGAGCUAUGUCGACUGAGGUGGUGUACCUGGCGUACAAGGGCGACGAGGCUGUCACCUGGAGUGCAGCCUGCGGAUCCUUUGGGGGCUUCUGCCGCAAGGCCACGGCGGCAGUAGCCUUGACCUUCGUGGUGGCUAUCUGCUAUGCCGCCCUCUCCCUCGUCUCUUCCUACCGGCUCUUCUCCAAGUACGACGCCCCCAUCAGCUGCGGUGGCAAGGGCAUCGAGCUCGGCGCUACCUUCCAUGGCUGA